CCGCCACUAUCUUGUGCUGCCUAGAACUCUGCUCCAAUGCUACAUUCCCUCCGCCAGCAGCGAUACCAUGGUGGCAGUGCUGUUGUAUUUCUGGUUCUUGGUGUCCCGUCUCCCUCUGGCAUCGACAGCUCUGUUGAAGAUUGAGGCGGACAGCUGGGAGGCGGGUGCUGCCUUGUCGGUGAGGGAGGUACUUCAGGCGUCAUCAUUAAGUCAUGCAUCUCUUAUCGUCAUAACUGAAACCAGUUUCUCGAGAGACGUCCAGACGUUCCUCGGAACCUCAAGGGGCGUGGCGAUGUUUAAGACACCCUUGAAUGGGUCACAGCUCGUUCAGGUGGUCACACGCGCCCGUAAAGUGCGGGUUGCGUCGUGGAUGGUCGUGGUGGUGGUGUUGAGUGACCACCCAGUCUUCCUGGCCGCCUUCGCCCAACAGGCCCGUGAGGGUCGCCUGCUGGUGUGGGCAACAAAGCUCAUUGUGGUGACCCGCCGCGCGUCGCACCGCCUCCACCCGCUCCACCAGACUCUCGCCCUUACCAACUCCCUCCUGCUGCUGGUGGAUGGCACGGCAGGGGUGAGCAGGGCCUCCGUGAAGGCAGUGCUGCCUUUCCAAAGUCCCAGCGACGCAGUGUUGUGGAGAGCGUCUUGGACGGUGGGCCACGGUCUGCAAUUGAGUCAGCCGCUGUUCUGGGAUAAAUUUAACAAGUUUUCUAAGGAAACAAAUUUAAUAGUUGCAAUGGAAUCUAACGAAAGGCACACAGUAGUGAUGGUUCCAGACCCGACGGCCCCAGGUGGUGAAAGGCCAGUUUUUAAGGGCUACAUGAACACCGUCGCUGAUUAUCUGGCACAAGGACUUAACUUUUCAUACACUUUUAGGCGGCCACCAGAUGGUGUGUGGGGAAUGAAGCUCAAGAACGGCUCUGUGAUCGGCAUGGUGGGCCAAGUCUACAGGGAGGAAGCGAAUAUGGCUCUGGGACCUUUCGCUAUCAACGCCGCCAGGUACGAAGCUAUUGAUUUCACUUGGCCGAUUGUCUACAUGCGUGUCAAUGUGUUCGCUGGCCGGAAGACUCCCGAAAUAGAUCCGUGGGGCUUUUUGCUGCCCCUCGGCCCCUGGGUGUGGGCGAUGGUGCUCGCCUUCCUCUUUCUGCUGGCUCUCGUUUCCUUUUUUCUCUCAUCCAAGUUCUCCCCGUGUGACCCAACCUCGAAAAAUCUUCUCUCUUUUACCAGCAUUAUGCUUCGCCAGUCCGUGUCUUUGGGUGGCAGCGGGUGGUGGUGGCAGCGCGUGGUGCUGGGCGUGUGGAUGCUGAUGACCAUGGUGCUGACGCGCAGCUAUGAGGGCAACCUUAUGUCGCUGCUGGCCGUGAGACACGUGGCCCAACCCUACCAGACCCUCAGGGACGUGGUGGACGAUCCCUCGGUGAUCAUGGUCUGGUUUAAACAAGGUGCCACCAUGCAAGCGGUUAUGGAUUCCACCUCUGGAAUCUUGCACGAGGUGAAGGAGAGUGAGAAACAAGGGCGUCUUACGUUUUUGACUCCAUUCGAGUACGAGAGCAUCCUGAACGAGAUUAUAGACCAGAAGAAAGUGAUAAUUGACUACGACACAAUAUCAUCGGUCCUGAAAACCAACUACUUCUCUCGUACAGGGCGGUGUGACUUCUACGUGGGAUCUGAAACCAUAAUGUCUAAUCCUCUGGGCUUUAUCAGCCAGAAGGACAGUCCCCUCAUUCCAGCGAUGAAUGUGCGGAUAAUGUCCAUGAUAGAAGCUGGACUUUACAACUAUUGGAGACUGGACGCUGCUCAAAACUCCAGUUCAUGUGAGCGAGAGCCAACCAAGAUCACCGUCAGCUCGUCCCUUUCACUCAGGCAGUGCUGGGCCAUGAUGGUAGUGCUAGCGGUUGGCCUGAACGUCGGUUUGGCAACGCUCUGCCUGGAAAUCGUGCUCGCUGUCGUCUUGGCUCGCUGACUUUUGUAAAUCUGAGCCUCAGCCUGCAUGGGUGACUCAUGUGUGUAUCCAGAAAAUUAUGUAAUUGCUAUGAACAUUAUUUGUUACGAAAAUAAAGCGUGAUUAAGUGAUUGA